UUUUUGCAGAGCCAGACCAGGUGAAUGGUUGAACUUUAUUGAUUACAAUGGGAAGUCAUUGGAGCGUUUUAAGCAUUUAAGUAAGUGAGUGGCCCAACCAGAUCUUUGUUGGUGAGCCUGGAAGCAUCACUUUUAGGAAAUCAACUUCCUAUGUCAGGAAACCAGUGGAAGUGGUAGUCUGCAGUGUUCAGGGUUAGUGGAAUGUGUUCCAGUGAGUGUUUUCACCAGCGUGGUAUAACUUAACCCCCUGUGUUGUCAGGGCAUUGUGAACGAAGUGCGCCAGUCCAUGCAGCUGAUGCUGAGCCAGCUGAUCCAACAGCUGAGGACCAACAUCCAGCUCUCCGCCUGCCUCCGUGUCAUUGGCUACCUGUGGCGCAUGGAUGUGUUCACAGAGGCUGAGCUGAGGGUGAAGUUUCUUCAGGCGCGAGAUGCUUGGCUGCGUUCCAUCCUGACUGCCAUCCCCAAUGAUGAUCCCUAUUUUCACAUCACAAAAACCAUUGAGGCCUGCCGAGUCCACCUCUUCGAUAUCAUCACCCAGUACCGUGCCAUCUUCUCAGAUGAGGACCCACUGCUGCUCCCUGUCAAGGGGGAGCACACUGUGAAUGAGAGUGCCAUCUUCCAUGGCUGGGUGCUACAGAAAGUUUCACAGUUCCUGCAGGUGCUAGAGGCCGACCUUCACCGGGGGGUAGGCGGCCGGCUGGACUCCCUGCUAGGCCAGUGCGUGUACUUUGGGCUUUCCUUCAGUCGAGUAGGGGCUGAUUUCUGGGGCCAGUUGGCUCCUGUUUUCCAGCGGGUGGCCAUCAGCACCUUCCAAAGAGCCAUUCAGGAAGCUGUGCAGAAGUUCCAGGAUGAAAUGAACUCUUACACUCUCAUCUUGAUUCCAGCCAUCCUGGGCAGCAGUAACAUUCCUGCUGCCAUGCCGGUGACUCAGCCGGGGACACUGCAGCCACCCAUGGUGCUGUUAGACUUUCCACCCCUUGCCUGCUUCCUCAACAAUAUUCUGGUCGCCUUCAAUGACUUGCGCCUCUGCUGCCCCAUGGCUCUGGCGCAGGAUGUGACUAGGGCACUGGAGGACGCUCUUGCCAAGGUGAGCACAUUCUGUUGGCUUUCCACUGCUCUGGCCUUGUUUGGUAAUAGGUGACCAGAAUUUAGUAAUAAACCAGCCCAUAUGAUAGUUGUGCUUGCUGAUUUGGAGAAGUUUAGCAUAAUUUCACAGGUUUUUCGGAGAAACUCUGACUAGUCCCUCCUUCAUGGAACCUAGAACA